AUGCAAGACUCGCUGCAAUUGCAUCACUUCAUGCGCUAUCCGCACCUUGGCUGUCAACUGGCCAUGAUGCCGGUCUACGAGUGGAGUGGGAGUGGGGUUCCCCAUGUGUAUUGCACCAUGGCAGAGCGUCUGUGGUUUCUGUUUGGCGCCCUAAAUCUGGUGUACCAGAAUUUUGGCAUGGUCAUUUAUUUAUUCGUGGCGGAUCGGGUGUUGGAGCAGCAGCAGCGAUCGCAGCUGGGCGUGGAUAUUGCGCAAAUCUCCGAGACAUGCAGUAUUAUGGGCCUCACACUGGUCGGUACAUGCAACAUGUGGAUGCUGCUGCAUCAUCGCGGGGACAUUGAAAGGCUGCUGGCUCAGUUGCAACAGCUCUAUCCUCGCGAGGGGCAGCAAGCCAGUCUCUAUCGGGUAGCGCACUACUAUCUCAAGUCUGACUACUUGAUGCGGCUUACGACCAUAUUCUUUAUGUCAGCCUAUAGCUACUAUAAUUCGCUGCCUAUUCUGGAGCUGUUGUACGAACUACUGGUCACGUCCAAGCAGGUGCAAUAUAAGUUCCAGAGCAAUACCUGGUAUCCCUGGCCGGUGCACAAUUCGCCUUUUGGAUUUUUUAUUGCCUAUCUGUGCCAGGCACUGUCGUCGCUAGUGGGUGUGGCUUUCAUCAUGUCUGGCGAGUUUCUGUUGUGCUUUUUCAUUACUCAGAUGCGUCUACACUUCGAUGCAAUAGCCAAUGCCUUCAGGGCGCUGGAUGCUAGUAGGCCGGAGGCUAACAAGCAACUCAAGUCGCUCAUUUCUCUUCACAGUCGACUGCUACUCAUUGCGGACGAUAUCAAUCGCAUCUUCAAUAUUACGUUUCUGGUGAACUUUAGCACCUCCACGAUUGCAAUUUGUUUGAUGGCCUUCUCCAUGGUGAUGAUCAGUCCCGCAUCGACCUGCAAGUAUUCGGUGGGACUACUCUCGUUUUUGGUGUUCACGCUCUUCAUCUGUUACAACGGCAACGAAUUCACUACAGCGAGCGACAAACUACUGCCAGCUGCCUUCUAUAGCAACUGGCAUGAGGGGGAUCUGGCCUUUCGCAAGAUGUUGCUUUUCUUCAUGAUGCGCUCUUGUGAAUCCCGAGUUUUGCGUGCAUACAAAUUUAUGACCGUCUCUAUGCAGACUUAUAUGGCGAUUCUAAAGUUCUCAUAUCAGCUAUUUACAUUCAUGCGUGCCAUGAUUUAA